AUGCCAUUUGGUAUAUUGAAUCCACUUGAUUAUAAAAAACAUUCAUUAGAAUUUCAACAAUUACAUGAACGAGAAUAUCAUAAAUUCAUUCAACGUCUAAAUCUUCAACGAAAUAAUUUCAAUUGUCGAGAAUGUUCAAGAGAAAAAAAAAGUACAUGGAAUUUAUCUAUUGUUGAAAGGCAACGUUCUCAUCAUAAUCAUCUAGUAGACUGUUAUAAUAUUGACUAUUAUAAAUUACGUCAUUUACAACUUCAAAAUCGUAAUGAUCAACGACGUUUUGAAUAUGAGCGUAUACAAAAAGCAAAUUUUGAAUUUGGACAACGUUUAAUACAAGUAAAAGGACAUUUUUCUCGUAAAGAACACGAUGAUCAUUGGCAACGACAUUGUGAUAUGAAAAAACGUUUACAAAAAUAUCCGACACUAUCGUCAACAGUGACAAUACAAAAUGAAAAACUAAAAUCAUGUAUAAAAUUUCCAACUGAUAUUUAUUUUGCUACAAUUAUUAAUCAACAACAUGAUUCUGCACAAAAAAAAUUAAGCAACUCAACGUUGACAAGUAACCGAUCAAAAUCAAUUAAAACGAAUGCAGUACACCGUAAAAAUAUGAGAAUAGAGGAUGAUCAAAUAACAUCACUACCGCAAAUAACUACAACUACAACUGAGUCGAUCAUUGAAACAAGAACUGUUGAACAACCCAACUUCGCUCUGUAUCCGAUAACAUCUUCCAUUGAAGAUGUUACAAUCAUGAAAAAACAAGAUGAGAUCAUGCUACCAGUUAAACAAUGUGGACAUAUUAUUAAUAAGAAUAAUAGAGGCGAACACAAACGCACUCAAAAAAAACGAAAAAAAUCUUUAUUACAAAAGUCUCAAAUAAAAAAUAAUGAUAAAACUGAUAUGUUAAAACGACGUAAAAACCCCGAUAUUCAAUCUUCAUCGCUCAACAGUCAAUUACCAUCGAUAUCUAAACCGUCCGUGCCAUUACUACCAAAAUCAGCUUGGAAAUCACCAUCAGAUAAAAAAUCUAUCAGCACACUAAAUGAGAGUGGUUCAGGAGUAAUCAGUAAUGAAAAACAUCAUAAUGAACCAUUUGGUGUUGGUGAUCACAGUGUCAAUACUUUUGAUGCAUUGAACCGUUAUUAUUAUAAACAAAAUAGUGAUAUAAAAUCUGUUUUACCCUCUCAUUUACUUCAUAAUCAGGUCUUUGGUGCCUUGACAUUGUCAUCAGGUUUAAAUGAUGAUAUUAUUGAUAAUAUCACUAUACAAUCACCGAUAAUAAGGUCCGAAGUUGAAACUGAAUAUCGUUCUCUACAAGAAAAAUGUUUAAAAGUAGAGAAAAGCAGUUCGGUAGAUAACGUUAUUAAUGAUGAUAUUGAUUUUCAGCAUCAAUUGUCUAAAAAUAGUCAUCACUCUUUAACAACAGCAUGUCCCAAUCUCGAUCAGACAACAUGGAAACAAGUAUGUGUAUUAAGUGAUGAUGAAAAAUCUUUAACUGAUAUAUCAAUGAUGAAUAAGAAUAAUGAACAACAGAAAAGAAAUUGUAGAAACAGUAGUCAUUUUAGUUCUAAUUCUUCUGAUGAUAUUUCAUGUUCAAUGCAUGAAACAUCGUCUAACAAUUGGGAACAUUUAAAAAAAGAUAGUACUGAUUUAUUUUCGUAA